GUGAGCGGAGAGAGAGAGGGGGGGAGGGAGAGAGAGCCGCCGCCGCCGCCUGGCCGCAGGACACCCUGAGCCCGUGAAGCGCGGGCGCUGAUGUCGCCGCCGUGAGAUGCCCCGGGGGCCGGGAGUCGGGGGCUCGGCCCGUCACUGAGCCGACGAUGGAGGAGGAUGUGAAGAAAGGCAAAAAGCCUGGAAUCGUGUCACCAUUCAGACGGGUUUUCCUGAAAGGAGAAAAGGGGCGUGAUAAGAAAGCACCGGAAAAGGUUACAGAAAGAAGACCUUUGCACACAGUUACGUUGGCUUUGCCAGACCACCGGGUUGACCCCGAGAUUUUGUUAAAUGAUUACAUUGAAAAGGAAGUGAAGUAUUUAGGACAGCUCACGUCCGUGCCUGGAUACCUGAAUCCAUCAAGUCGAACUGAGAUAUUGCACUUAUUAGAUAAUGCAAGGAGGGCACAUCAGCUCCCAGGGCCACUAACACAAGAACAAGAUGCAGUGAUCAGUGUGUCUGCAACCAAUAUUAAACUGGUGUGGCGGGACGGAGAAGAUAUCAUCCUCAGAGUUCCAAUCCAUGACAUUGCUGCAGUUUCUUAUAUCCGAGAUGACUCGCUUCACCUGGUCAUUUUUAAAACUGCCAGUGAACCUGAGAAUUCUGCAAAUCCAAGCACAGAAGGUACUAACAAAGUACAGACAUCAGAGACACUGUCGGAAAGUGGGGCGGGAGCUGUGGAUCCCUGCAGCCUGGUGGUGAUAGUUGCAGAGAACAAAGCAGCAGCAGAAGAACUCUGUUCUCUUCUUAGUCAAGUCUUCCAAGUUGUUUACACAGAAUCCACAAUAGACUUUUUGGAUAGAGCAAUAUUUGAUGGUGCUUCUACUCCAACUAAGCACAUGUCCAUAUAUAGUGAUGAUUCUUCAAGUAAAGCAGAUGUUAAAGAGCCCUAUGAUCCAGAAAUUAGUAACUUGUCUUUUCAAGGCUCAGAUGCAGGUGGAAAUUCACCAUCAUCUUCUACUCAGCCAUCGCCUCAAAUAAAAAAUGUUAGUGAAGGUGAACUAUCUGCAUCUGCAGCUGAAUUGCUUCAAGAUUACAUGCUGACACUGAGAACAAAGCUCACGUCUGAAGAAAUCCAAAAGUUUGCUAUGCUUUUGCAUGAGUAUCGAAAUGGUGCCUCAAUUCACGAGUUUUGCAUCAGUCUUCGACAGUUGUAUGGAGAUGGCAGAAAAUUUCUCUUGCUGGGACUUCGACCUUUCAUACCUGAAAAGGACAGCUUGUAUUUUGAAAACUUCCUAGAAACCAUUGGUGUCAAGGAUGGAAGGGGCAUUAUAACAGAUAGCUUUGGCAGAUACCGGAGGACUUUAAGUAAUGCAUCCAAUUCAACCACGAAUGGCAAUGGAGCUACUGCAGGUUCAGAUGACCAGUCGGUGCCUUCUGAAGGUGAUGAAUGGGACAGAAUGAUCUCAGAUAUCAGUAAUGAUAUUGAAGCCCUUGGCUGCAGCAUGGACCAUGAUUCAUCUUGAAACUGAAAUAUUUGCACAUUCUGUUGGUAGCCCACAGACUUUUUUUGUAAACAGAUGUGUUCCUAAAUGAAGUUUACCACAAUGUGAAUAUUUAAAUGGUUUGUCAAAGCAUUUCUACAAAGGUGAAGAACAUUUAAAAAAAAUCAUGCAUAUGGUAACUUUUUGUAUUGUAGAAAAUAAUGCAUAUUUGUAUUCAGACUUUUGUAACGAAAAAACUAGCUGUUACGCUUACUUGUUCCAAUAAUAGGCAAGAUCUUUCUUGUCAUAUCACAUGGUUUUGUAUCCCAGCUGCAAAAGGUUACAUAUUGCAGUAUACUGUGAUGUCAGGGAUGAUGUACAGUGAAACCUGUUCAAAUGACCAGCCUCGGACAGCCCCCUUCGCACACUUGGCCACUUUGGCUUAGUCCCCUGAGAGGUGGUUAAAGACAGGCUUGACUGUAUUUCACUUUUGGGCAAAUCUCUCUUUAGCUCCCUGCCUCUAAGAAAGUAGUUUUUAUGAUGCCAGUUUACCGUCACAAGCUAUUACUAUCAUAGUGGUUUUGUAGCACAUCGGAGUCAGUUAGUGCUAGUACGUAAUGCUACACACUUAGAAUUCCUGUGCAUGUUGAUCCUUAACCACUCCACUUGCUAAACAUGACCAAAUAAGGUAGCACGUCUCAAAAUUUCCAUAGCAGGUCUUGGGAGAGUUUGUUAUGAAAUGAGAAAUUUAGCACACAUUUAAAUAUUUGUAACUUGUUUUACUGUAUUGGCAUAAAUCCAGGUAACUGCUUCAAAGAUAACUGAUUUCAAAUGCAGUACAUUGCAUUUCAAGUGGAUUUUAAAGAUGUAGGGCAGAGGAGAGAGCCCUGCCCCAGACUUUGUAGCAUGAUUUAUACUUUUAUUCCAGUGCUUUGGGAUUUUUGGUAAAUCUUUGCUAUUUUCCAGCUUUGUCCAUUGUCUGUUACCAUUUAUCAUAAGGGAAGCAUAAUAUGGUCAAUUGAUGAAAUAACUUGUUGAAACAAAAAACUUUCAUCUAUACAAAAGGGUUAGCAUUUUAGAGACCAUUAACAGAUUAAUGGUACUCCUUAAUGUAAUGUAUCUUAUGUGUUGCAAUACCUUUUCAAGCAAUUGUACUGUUGAUUUCUGCACACCCAAUGCAAUUUCUUUUAAAAGCAAAGAUGCCAAUUUAAAGUAUGGAUUAUUCAAUCGUAUGCCAUCCUGUUGCAGAUCUUUUGUGCUGCCUUGAGACAAUGCUUUGAUGGCAUCACAUUCACUAUUGUAUUGAUAAAACCGAAGUGAAGAAAACAAUUUUGCAAUCAGUUCUUCAGGAAACUAAAGAGCAGAAUGUAAUAUAAACGAUUGCUUUGGAUACUGUCCUAUUUUGGACCGCUGUAUGUAAAACUCCAUGUAUCCUUCCCCUGCAAAAAAAAACUAAAUGUGUAUCCAUUAUAUAUAUACAUCUUUUUGUACUGAUUCAUGUACUGUAUUGUAUUUGGGUAUGACUGCAGUAAGUAAGAUGUGUGAAAAAUGUGUGCAUCAUUUGAAAAAAAACAAAAAACCUCAUGAUCUGCACUGAACUAACAGCAUUUAUUUGUAUCUCCAAUGUACCCAGUUUGUGUAGCCACAAAGGAAAUCUUUAUUUGUAUGGUGUCAAAAUAUGAAAAGAUAAUUUGGCAGUAACCUGUUGAAUGUUAGUUUUGCAUUUUUAGUGUAGAAAUCAACCCUUGCUAUUUGUUCUAUUGAACUGUAAUUGCAAUAUCCCAAACACUUUUUACAUUGUCGUCUCACCGCUGGUACCAUCCUAAAUGCACAAGUAUUCAAAAUCUAGAUUUGCUAAUUGUGAAACUAACUGGCAACAAAAUAUAAUAUUAUUUUCCCAAUUCAGUUGCUGGGAGUGAAAUACCGACCUGGGGAAUGCGAUGUCGGUUUUAGCAGAUUACCUGCUCUCAGUUAACGACAGUGAGAAAGGGUGGAGACAAACUUCUGUAAUUACAUAUGGCUUCAGAUACAAGGUAAAUAUGUGUACCUGGGAUACUGCACUAAAUUGCAAGAGGAAUAAUCACAUUGUCUACCCCCCUCCCAGUUCAGAUAGGAUCAUUAGAAAUACAUACCUAUGCAGUUUUCUACACUUAAGAUGAUCAGUACUGACUUACUGGUGUCAUGGAAAGGAUAUCUUUUUGCUGUUUUGUUACUGCAUUUAUUUUGAGAGUGAGUGGUUAUCUUUGUAGGCAUUUUCCUCAACCUUGCCCAUUUUAUGUAAAUAUACUUUCACUUUACACUCGU